GCUUAGAGCUUAAAUUUCAGCCUAUAGAUUUUUACUUUAAUGAUACAUGAUUAGUUUACUAGUUGGAGAUUCAGGAGUAAAGUUGACAUUUUAGCAUAUCAUAUUGUUAUAUUUUAAUUAAUUUAAAAUUUGAGCCUAAAUAUAUUUGUUCAGCCUAUUUCUUGACGUGAAAUGUUGACAUUUGGAUACCUUUAAAGAAUGAGUUAUCUGGUUACUUGACUGAACACAUCAACAGGGCCAGCUGUUGGCAGAGAUUUGUCAUUCCUCUUUCAUUAGGGUCUUCUACUUCCCUUCCAUUAGAUUGAGUCUACAAAACCCCCUGUGCCCCUGUUGCUUCUCGCUUCCCCACCAUGCCUCGUUCUUUCCUGGUGAGGAGGGGGGGCUCUCACCCUCUGCGCCCCAAAGCAGGUAGCCCCUGCUUGAGCACGACCCUGGUGCCAGUGGGUCCCCCAGAAACAGACAAGAGGCAGUGGGGUACCCUUCUUCAGGGACAGCCGUCACCUAAGAGUGCAGUGUCUCUAGUGACACACAAUGAGGCCUACUCACCACAGCCCUCUCCACCUCCAGCCCUCCACCCUGCCUCACAUAGUCACCCUUACCUUCACCCCACUAGUCCCAUGUCUUCAGAUGGUAGAGCUGCACUGCACCACCACUCUACCUCCCCGUUGAACCCUGGCAGCCCUGCUGAGGAGGUGGGCUCUCCCCUCCUGGGGGAGACCCGACACAGAGACUGUCCCCAGAUCAGUGACCACAGGACCACUGGGACUGAAUGUCCAUGGUGUGGAAAGAGUUUAUUUUCUUCCUCCAGUCUGGCGUACCAUGUCCACAAGUCCCAUGGUGGCAGACACAAGCAGUCAUCAUCAGCACACACCAAGACUGACAGUCAGCCAUAUGGCUAUAGGCCAGACCUGGGUUUGAGAUACAGGGUCAAGGAGCGUACGUAUGGCUGUAAGGUGUGUGGGAAAGUGUUCAAGCGCUCCUCCACCCUGUCCACUCACCUGCUUAUCCACUCUGACACACGGCCCUACCCCUGUCAAUACUGUGGCAAAGGAUUUCACCAGAAAUCUGAUAUGAAAAAACACACCUUCAUUCACACAGGUGAGAAGCCCCAUGUGUGCCAGGUGUGUGGCAAAGCCUUCAGCCAGAGCUCCAACCUCAUCACCCACAGCCGUCAGCACAGUAGAAACCAGCCCUACCACUGCCUCUAUGGCUUCCAGCGCAAACAGGACCUGAGACAAAACCAGGAGAACCACUGUACAUAGAGCUUUAGACUAAGACCCUGGCUAAGAGCUGAUCUGAGCUCAGUUUUCACAAUCGGGAGAACCACAAUGACGACAGCAACUCAGACACCCUCACAUGGUCAUAGCUGGCCCCAGUUAAUUUUUUCAUUAUAAGGGGCACCACUGCACAAGCUAAACAGAAGCUGGGGAUGGAUGGAAGGGAUGGAUGCUUCACUCAAAAUUCUAACAUUUACCUUGACUGUAGUCGAAUCCCGACUAUAUAUUUUGCCUAUCAGGGACGGCUUGUUCAAUAGGGCGAUAUGGGCGACGCACUGCCAAACGGGAAA